CAUUUAGAAUGUAAUCGACUUCAUUUUUCAACUGUAUGACUUUUAUUUAGGUUUAAUUAUGUAUUAAUGUAUUUCUAUUGUUAUUUAAGUGAAGUCACACCGUAGCAUACAUUCCGCAUGUUUAUAUGAAGAACGUGUAAUGUAGCCUAGAUAGGUAUAUUUAUUAAAACGCUGAAACUUGAAUGAAUGAGUUAGUGUAAUUAGACAGUCCCUCUGCCCCCAGGUGUGCAUGGUAGGUCCUAAAGCGAACACGUCACGAGUCUUGACUUCACCUGCAUACCGGUCAUACGGCUGCGUCGGGAGCUGAUAAAAACUAUAAACACGCUGUGAAGUCUGGACCCAAGCAACACAGAAGGAGGAAGCUGGUAAAUCCAAACCUGAGCCGAACAUGUCAGCCAGUAAACAGCCAGCUGAGAGUCGCUGGGAGCUUGUGCGAUGGUAUGUGAAGGAAGGCAGGUUUAAGAUAGAAGAGAGAACCCUGACCGCGUUCCAGUGGCUGUACUCUCCCUAUCAGCACCGCAUCGUCAACAGAGCAGAGCUGCAGUCUCCUCACAGGAUUGACAAAUCAACCAUCGCUGCCCUCAAAGCCAGGAAGCAGGAGAUGCUAAACCUCUCCGAUGCACCUCUAAGUGACCGGCCACCCUCCCCUCCCCGCACUGCACCCCCCAACAUGAAGUCGGCAGAGUUCUUCGAUAUGCUGGAAAGGAUGCAGGUCCCAAAAGCAGAAGAGCAGAAAAGUGGGACCCAGAGAAACAAGGAUGAUUACAUUCCCUAUCCACGAAUUGAAGAGAUCCUGGAGAAGGGGGGUCCGUACUCGCUGGUGAUCCUGCCCCAGUUUGGGGGGUACUGGAUCGAGGAUCCUGAGAGCGUGGGCACCCCCUCCUCGGCAGACAGCAGCUUCUACGAGGAAGAGGACGGGGGCUUGAGCCCUGGCACCUUCGGGUACAAACUGGAGUGCAAUUGCACCGCGCGUGCCUACCGGAAACACUUCCUGGGCAAGGAGCAUAUGAAUUUUUACUGCAGUGGCAGCAGCCUGGGAAACCUCAUUCUCUCCCUGAAGUAUGAGGAAGUGGAAAACCAGGAAUACCUCCGAAUAAUACUCAGGUCCAAAGUCAAAACCUUACACGACAGAAUCUCCCUGGCUGGACUCUGCAAGCUUCCCAGCAUCCCGCAGAUAGCCAAGGUACAGUACAGAGCCCCAGUGCCCCUGCAGAUAGCCAAGGCUCUCUGUGAUGAUGUGACUGGUUUGAAGUUCAAUCCUGUGCUCUACCCAAGGGCGUCCCAGCUGAUAGUAACUUACGAUGAGCAUGAAGUCAACAACACCUUCAAGUUCGGCGUGGUCUAUCAGAAAUCUGGACAGAUCUCCGAGGAGCAGCUCUUUGGAAAUAAUGAAGAAAGCCCUGCUUUUGAAGAAUUCCUAAACUUACUUGGGGACAAGAUCCAGCUGCAGGAUUUUAAAGGUUUCCGAGGAGGUCUUGACGUGACCCACGGCCAAACUGGUGCAGAGUCCGUCUACACUGUGUUCAAAGACCGAGAGAUCAUGUUCCACGUCUCCACCAAGCUGCCCUACACUGAGGGAGACACGCAGCAGCUGCAGAGGAAGAGGCACAUUGGGAAUGACAUUGUAGCCGCGGUGUUUCAGGAAGAGAACACACCUUUCGUGCCGGACAUGAUCGCGUCGAACUUCCUGCACGCCUACAUCGUCGUGCAAGUCGAGGACCCCUGCACGGACCACACCUCCUACAAGGUGUCAGUAACCGCGAGAGAGGAUGUCCCUCCCUUUGGUCCGUCCCUGCCAAACCCGGCCGUCUUUAAGAAGGGUCCGGAGUUCAGAGAGUUCCUGCUUACGAAGCUGAUCAACGCAGAGAAUGCCUGCUACAAGUCCGACAAGUUUGCGAAGCUGGAGGGUCGGACGCGGGCAGCGCUGAUUGAUAACCUCCACGACGAGAUCCACUCACAGACGAUGGCCAUGCUGGGGCUGGGCUCCGACGAGGAUAAGCUGGAGAACGGCAGCCACCACGGCUUCCUCGAGUCCUUCAAGAGGGCGAUCCGCGUGCGCAGCCACUCCAUGGAGACGAUGGUGGGCACCCACAAGAAGCACCACAGCGGGGGGGUGCCGGGCAGCCUGAGUGGGGUGAUCUCCCAGAACAGCAGCGAGUGCACCAAGAGCACCUUCUCGCCUCCGGUGCUGUCUGCAAAGAGCCCUCUGAAGAGUCCAGGGAAGAGGCGAUCUGGGCUGUUCCCCCGCUUGCAUGCCAGCACUGAGAGCCAGGGAGACAGCCGGACUCGAUGUGACAGCCUCUCGAGUGCUCAGAAGACCCCAGACAGCGGCCACGUGUCACAGGAUGUGAAGUCAGAGACCUCCUCCAAUCCCAGCUCUCCUGAAAUCUGCACCAAUAAAGAGAGGUCCUACAUCAAGCUGAAGGACAGCAGUCGCUCCAACAUCUCCCGCUCCUCCUCCAGCACUAGCAGCAGCAGCAUGGCCGGGGAGAGCGAGGCCCUGGAGGAGAACGAGAGUGCGAGCAGCCAGCCCUCCACAGCCUCCCCGUUCCGUGGCGAUGCGUUUCUGUACAGCCCGUCGCUGAGCUGCGAUUCCCAGAGCUCCGCCCCUCCCGUCAUCAUGUGCCGCAGCCCCACAGACGUGAAGAGCAAGACGUCUCCAAGAUCCAACUUGAAAUUCAGGUUCGAUAAACUGAGCCACUCCAGUACAGGACACUAGCAGAGGCUGGGAGGAGGGAAUUCAGAGGGGACCCAGAUUAACCAAGAAAGGAGUGGUAUGGAUUUGAUUGCAGAAGAUGCAAGUGCAACCUGACUUUGCUGUUUGAGUGAUGUAUUACUGCCAGCCCCAACCCCUGCUCUAACCUGCAAGGUGGUAUUCUACCACUGUAAAGCAGAGACAGAUACAAGCGUUUGACCUGGAGCCUGGUCUUCUAAAGAGCCUGGGACACAUUCACAACAAAAGCACCUCAAGACACAGGAUCCUACUUGAGACAACACCACAGAGCAGCACUCCUAUCCAGCCAUGUACUGCAGGUUUACCAGGCACCCUCAGACGUAUGCAGCCCUGCAUUGUGCAUCCACAUCAUACAAUAAACAGCAGGGGAAAGUAUGCUAGAAGAAAAUCUGCAGCCGUCACAUACCAGAUUAUCAGCACCUCCUGAUAACGCAGCCCCAGAGAGCGUUUGUUCUGGUUUUAACUGUGCUGUCCUCACUCUCAUUAGAAUUGGGGUGCAGAUGUCACACUAGGGCACUGCGCUGUGUAUGUGCAAUGCUGCAUUCAAGAGACCACUUUCCUUUGGGGGGGCUGCAUUAAAUGCAAAGGGGUUGUAUAGCAUUAAGAAUACCUCCGUUAAAUAUCACACUGUAUUGCUGUAUAGAGCACACACUUAGGCGACAGACGCACUGCCACCUAAAGCAUACAAUGAACUCUAUAUAGAGGCUUGCCUUUAGAGGUCCGUUUCAUUUCUAGUGCUGCUGUCCUUAUAUAGCUGCUUUUAGUAACCGUGCUCACACAGCGUAAAACAGCAGGAAUCUUUCAUACAGCAGCACCAUCAUUAAAAGGGUUGUAUUGAAAGUGUAGAAGAGAAACACUGGACUGUUUUUUGUUCAUAAAGCCCCAUUGAUUUCCAGUGAUCUAAUUGCAUUACUUAUGCAAGAAAAUACAUCUCCACAAAUACUCCUAAAUUAAUAAGAGGCCUUUAAGAAGAUACAACUAUAUAAUAAUAUUAAAGAUAUCUGAAGUCGCUAUCACUGCGCCGGUCAUUUCUGACUGCCACUAACACUUCAAAUUAUUGCUCAUAAGCACACAUCGCUGAAGUGAGCUUUACCUCCAUGAAUGUGAACUCCCUGUUUCUCUUGAACAGCUGGUGUACUUGCUAGCCAUACUGAAGCCCCCUUCACAUCACGAUGAUUGGGUGAGGAGUUAAAAGUGGUCCUAAAGUGAACGCAAGGCUUGUGACUUACUUUUGAAACACUGGCAUGUACACCUAGAUGUAAGACUUGGUAUUGAUAAAGAUUAGGCUCACCGUGAUGUAGUGUAAUAAAUACUGUACUGGUAUGUUAUCACAGCGCACACCGGACACACAGACACAGCAGGUUUCAGUAAUAAUAGACAAUUCGAGGGGUUUAAGAGAGAGCCUCUGAAACAGGGCUCCUGGUCUGUGGUUUCCGAAGCGAUCCACAGCAGAAAUGAUGUAAAUACUAGAUUUAAUUUAUUGCGAUUUCAGCACAUUGCCUUUUGUUGUUCAUCGUGUAUAAAAAGAGAUAAGUAUAUAAUUAAUAAAUAAAUAAAUAGAUUUUAAAAGAUUUAAAUGAGAGGAUUACGUCUAUGUAUAGCUGGUUUUAUGUAAUGUGUCCAUGCAGAAUUUGCUAUAAAAUAAUAAAAAUGUUGUAUUUUGUGUCAAA